AUGUUCGUCCAAGUGUUUCAAUCAGACAUUUCUUACAUCGCAGUUUAUGUUGUUUCAGCAUGUGUGACAUUUCCUUUGGCAGGUAUUGUGAAGCCCCAUCUUGAAUUUCCAGAGUGGACAUUGCCAAUACUUAUGUAUCAAGAUCUUGGGACGGCGCCCGGUCUCAAGGACGCCCUCGCUUGUUGCGGACAUCGUAUUUGCAUUCGCCUUUUGUGUGAUUGGUCGCCUGCAGUUCUGAUCCGCUUCAACAUCUACUUUACGACGCUGCGGAGUGGAAGUCGGCAUUUUCAAAAUGUAUGGUGA